GCCUAAAGAGGAGGAGAGAAGCGGCAGCCACGGCGAGGCGGCGACGCAGCCAUGGAGCCCGCGGCGAAGGACCGCAUCGCCGCCCGCCUCUCCGCCGUCGACGGCCUCUACUACCCGACCUCCUUCCUCCGCAUCGACCCGCCGCCGUCCCCGUCCGACCGCAAGGCCGCCCUCCUCGCGCUCCUGUCCCGCGACGCCCCGCUCUUCCUCGAGCGCUACGGCGGCGCGCUGGCCCCCGACGAGCUCGCCGCCUUCGACACGCUCGCCGCCGACUACGAGGUCGGCUGGCACCUCCGCCGCCUGCGCGCCGCGUCCGCGGGGGCCCCGCUCCCGCCCGCGCGCGUCCGCAACCGCCGCCGCGCGUACCUCGACCGCCUGGUGCGCGAGGGGGAGUACUUCUCCGAGGAGGCGAUGCGGGAGCGGGAGCCCUACCUGCACCACGAGUACCUGGGAAGGUUCCAGGACCCCAUCGGCCGGGCCAUGGCGCGGCCCGGCGAGCGGUGGUCCGAGACGCUGAUGCGGCGGGCCGAGGAGGCCGUGAUCGUUGAGAAGAUUCGAGGGGAGCAGAUUAGGAGGGGGGUUGAUCCCAGUGAGUGGGUGGGUGGUGGCGCCGAGGAGGCCAUGGAGGAGCAGGAAGAGGAGGAAGAGGAAGAAGAGGAAGAGGAAGAGAGCGAGGAGGACGCCAUGGAGGAGAAAGGAAGAGGGACUGAGAAUUCCACCGAGAAUCCGAGUGCAUCUGAGGUGGUUGACUCCAGCAAAACUGGAGAAUCCCCUGCAGGGACUUCCAGACAAACAUUAUCUGCUGAAGAGAUGGAAGAUCAGCUUGAACAGUUUACCAGCUUGAUGCAACAAAAGUUCCUAUCUGGUGAAGACUCUGAGCAUAUGGACUACUCUCGGAUCGAUAAUGACGAGAUGCUGGACGACCAUUGGUCAAAAGAAGCCAACUAUGAUGCUGAGGAGAAGUAUUUCGAAGAGGAUUAGUUCAAAGUAGGCUGCUGUUUUAGUGAGUCAGUUAAGUACUGCAUCGCCUCUUGUUUUUGUUCAUGUUCAGCACUUAGUCUUUAGCAUGUACAUAUGUAUCCUCGCAGUUGUUACAUCUCUAAUCUGAAUAACUUGAGUAGCUUGUUUACGGAAAUUACAAUAUAUGUUAGAAUCUUGGCUUGGGAUGCUUACCAAGUGCAAUAUU